AUGGCACAAUUUGCUACGCCAAAUAAUUUUCAAUUUCAAGUGUUAAGAUCACUAUUUGAUCAAUUUUUAACAACACCAUCACCAGAUAUAUCAUCAGCACAGUUGCAUCUACAUUCAGCAAUCAAAAUGCCGACAUACAUUCAGCACCUUCGCCAAUCAAUUAACCAAACUAAAAAUAAUAACUAUAUGUCAAUUUUUGACUCUUCGACUAGUGUUGAUGUUAUUGGGUUGCUCAACACAGUGAAAAUUACUGGAACUGGAAGAUCAUUAGAACUUACUGGAAGGAAUUAG